AUGCGCGCCGCGGCGACGCCGGGCGACGUGGACGCCACACCGUCGUCCUCGUACGUCUUGGACGCCCAAGAUGUCCGCGAUUACCACCCUCACGGCGCUGGAAACGCGCAUUGCGUCUUCGCCUACGGUUCCCACGGGCCCCGUCCCGAACUCCGCCGCUCGCUCCUUCGCACCCGUCGCUCGACUCGAACGGACGGACGGGACGACGCGUGGCGAUGUCAUCCCCUCGAUGCCGCGAUCUGGGGCGUCGAUCGCGCGCUGGCGGACUGGGUGACGUUGGACGCGCGGGCGAGGGAGGCGUUUUUCGCGCGCGCGGGCGCGGAGGGCGCGCCCGGACGAUGGAGGGACGACGUCGGGAUCGUCGAGCUCACGCCCGAGGGAGCGACGGCGUUAGCGGAGAGAGAUCGUUUAGAAUGUUCACGAACGAUGGAGGCGGGUUCGGAAGGGAUGUGGGAAAAGAAGUUGUUCGGCGCGCGACGGUCGAGCGCGGCGGAGACGCGCGCGCAACUGUCAGAGUUGGCGACGGCGACGAGUGAUUAUUUGAACACCGCGCGCGUGGACGACUUGGAAGAUCAGAAACGGCUUCCCGGGCGCAUGAACGUUGGUUCGAUUGAGAUUAAACCAAAGUCGUUCGUCGGUGCCGUCCGAGAGGGAGUCGGAAGGGUGUGGAGGUUUCCGGCGCAUCAAACAUUGAAGGCGCGCGACGGACGCGCGACGGAGGUGAGCGAGUACGCGCCGAUCGAUUUAUUAGGGGACGAGGAGGCCGUUCGACGAGCGUGCGAUGCGUUGAUUCGUUGUCCUCAGAACAAUAUGAAAGAGACGCUUCAUACGAUCAAGGAUGAGCGACACAAAUUGAUGCUUCGUGACGCGCUGCCAAAAGUGAUUGAGGACGCGCGAGACGUGUUCAGCUUUAUAUUUAGCCAUCAAGUAAACGGGGGCGAUGACGACCCCAUGACGUUCCGUGUCGUCGAAGCCGUCGUCAGUGAUCUCACGUUGAGGAUGGAACGAGGAAACGUUGAUUUGGAAUCUCUAGAGUGGACGCGAAUCCUCGACCUCCUUCGGCGGUUCGUCCUCGGUCAAAUGGCGAAAGAUUGUAGCGUGCUCUUCACGCUCAAUCCCGACGUCGGCGGCGGCGACGACGACGACGGACCGAAACGAGAUCGCAACCCCGCGGUACGAUUCGUCAAGUACCGCACGGUCGACGACGGCGUCUCGCGCACGUGCGCCUACAGGGUGCAAGUCAUCGACGCCUCGCUCAAAUCGUUCGCCAAAGCCGCGUCCUGGCGCGCGCGCGCCGAGGCCAUCGGGCCGUGCGUCCCCUUUGUCGACGCCGACGUCACCACCCGCGCCUUCGUCGAUGAUCUCUUCCGCGAUCUCGAUCCUUCAUCGUUCCGCUCUCGGCUUCUCACCGCUCUCGACGCGUCCGCCGUCCGCGAACCCGCCCUCGCGCCUCUGUCACGCCACCACACUUGA